AUGAAAGACUGGGACCUCUGGCUCUUCUUCGUCUUUCUCAAACUGAGUUCCUCUCAGGGCGAGGACACAGUGGCAGAGGACAUUGGCGUCCAUCAGCUGCAGAGGUUAGUGGAGAUGUUGACGUCUAGAGAGUGUGAGGAUCUUCUGAGGACCCUGUCUCACCCCGAGGAGAACAUCUUCCAGCACCUCGAACGCCUCGCACCGGAAAAUAAUCAACUAGAUCUGAAACCUCGAGCCAAGAGAGACACCUCUUCAUCUCAGGAUCUGGAGGCAAAGUGCCGGGCGGCGCUGACUGACUGGCUGCUGAAGAACGGAGAGCAGACGUACCAAGACAGGCUGACUCGAGCCCUGCAUCACAUCGGGAGGACAGACAUCGCCAUCGAAGUUGGGGAAGAACAUCAACCAGGACAAAGCCUUGAGCUUGAAGCGCUACGUCGAAGACUAUCACAAAUAUGUCCAAUC